AUGGUGAAGGCAGUUGAGGUCACCAAUGUAGUGAAUUCAUGGGCUGAAAAGGAGACCAAUGGCCUUAUCAAAGAAGUUCUUCCUUCUGGUUCAGUUGGCAGUUCAACCAGGCUCAUCUUUACAAAUGCGCUUUAUUUUAAGGGAGCAUGGAAUGAAAAAUUUGAGGCAUCAAAAACAAAAGAUCAUGAUUUCUACCUCCUUAAUGGGACGUCAGUUCAAGUGCCCUUCAUGACCAGUAAGAAGAAGCAACUUGUUAGUGCAUUUGACAGUUUCAAAGUCUUGGGAAUUCCUUACAAACAAGGUGAAGAUAAGCGCCGUUUUACUAUGUACUUCUUUCUCCCAGAUGCAAAAGAUGGAUUGCCAGCUUUAAUGGAGAAAGUAAGUUCUGAAUCUGGGUUCUUAGAUCACCACCUCCCAUACCAAGAAGUAGAAGUGGGAGAUUUUCAGAUCCCAAAAUUCAAGAUUUCUUUUGGGUUUGAAGCUUCAAAAGUUCUAAAGGGAUUGGGAUUGGAUGUUUCAAGCAUUUUUCACAAAUCCUUCAUUGAAGUUAAUGAAGAAGGCACAGAAGCUGCAGCCGCUUCUGCAGCUGUGAUACAGCAGAGGGCUUUGAUGUCAAUGGAUAAAAUAAAUUUUGUAGCUGACCAUCCAUUUCUGUUCGUCAUUAGAGAAGACAUGACCAGUGUGGUGCUUUUCAUUGGCCAUGUGCUUAAUCCCCUUGCGGGUUGAUUGAACCUGCUGCAGUGGAGGAAAAAAGUGUAUGGAGAUGAAGCCUAAUGUACACGAGUCUAGUGACUUUAAGUACCUGCUUUAUGUUUGUAUUUUGCUUAUGUUAAAAACCCACCAGGUAGAGCAGGGUUGGCCAACAUCUCUCUGGUCUUUCAAUUUUUGGUCAGUGGUUGACAGUAAACUGUAUUUUUAUCUGUUUGAUGUAUUGCGUUCUAUCUUUUACCCGUA